AUGCAGAGGAGCCCCGAAUCUGGCGAGAUGGAGAAGACUCCGCCCGUCACGGGCAAGCGCCGAGGUGGUAGCCGAAAGGCCUGCAACGAGUGUAAGCAGCAGAAGGUGAGCCACAUACGCAAUGCGGAGAUGGAGAAAGAGAUCCAAGAUCUCCGCCGACGCUUAGCAUUUGAUCAUGAGCAAGAAGAAGCAGCCGAGUCUCAUGUCGGUGAUGAUCAUUCACAAUGCUCGGAGGUGGCUUUCAAGAGGCGCGACUCGGCUCCGACUGAGCGUUCACGGCCGGUAUCAGUGCCCCUUGAGCAGCACGCAUCCAUUGCAACUCCAAUUACCAUGCAAAGAGAUGGAUCCAUUCUAUCUCAGGAGGAGAAUACUCCAUGGAGAUUAGAAGACAUCGCUCUUUCGCGAGCUCGUGUCGCUAGGCUGUUUGAACAUCGACUUCUUUGGUCCACGAUCACCAGCGUUCCGCAGGACUACCGAGUUGUCAAGGCGCUCUGUGUAUUGUGCACAUGGCCCCUUCCAACAACGAGUCAACGGACAGACGCGACUUUCAUGCUCAGCGGUCUCAUGAUGCAAAUCGCCAUGCAGCUAGGACUUCACCGCCCAGUCCAAGCGGAGGAGUUCACUACCUUUCAGAUGGAAGUCCAGGGAGAGGCGCUCAAGGAUCGUUUGCACACUUGGGUAAUUUGCAAUAUUGUCGCGCAAAACGUUGCCACUGGAUAUGGCCAGCCCCCUAGCACAAUAUAUGACUGGGCUCUUGAGCCUCCUUCCUUGAAAGAUGCCGAUUACCGACUUCCCGAGGAUCUGACCAUUAGGCUGCGCAUCGAGAAGUUCUGUGACCGUGUCACCAAGGCCCUGUAUAGCAGCAAGCCCGAGCCGGGAGAAUUCAUUAGCGCGGAAAAGCAUGUGAUUGUACAGAUCCUCGAGACGGAGCUACGAGAAAUGGAAGUUGAGUUUGGUCGCAGCAUCUCUGCGAUUAACAUGAUCCAUCUUCGCGCUGCAGAGCUGCACUUCCGAUACUUUGUGUUCCUGGGCUCCAAUGCACGGAGCGAUGAUCUUACAAAGCUCUUUAUUGCAACAACCUCAUUCUUAGGGCGAGUGCUGGAUCUUGAAACGUCCCCUGGGGAACUGAUCGGUCAUUCCACCAAUUACAUUCUUCAGAUGAUCGUCUCUGCAGCAUUUGCUCUCAUGAAGUUAUUGAAAAGUAGCUUCAGCAGACACAUUGACUUCAACCACGGCAAGCUCCUGUUCAAUGGUGCUAUCUCAGCCAUUCGCAGGAUCAGUGUCAUGGAUCACGAUCGUCCAAUCCGUCUGGCUGAUAUUCUUGCCCAAAUGUGGAAUGCGACAGGCCCGGAGCCCGCUGGAGAGGAUGGUCUCCAACUCAAGGUUCGUUGCCGUAUGAGCAUGAGUCACGUCUACGACACCGUCUGGCGUUGGCGACAACGUUUCAGACCGGUCAAAAGCAUCCAAGAAAUGCAAGCCGCAGUCGCUGCGGCGAAUCAACAUAUUUCGACAACAGGACCCUUGGGCCGACAGCAGGAGAACUCCCUGGAGGAUCCGUCAUUGAUGAUGCCCAGUCAGUUCGACGAGAGCGGCGCAUUCUUUAGUGAAGCUGGUUUCUCUGAAGUUUUCGACUCCCUGAAUUGGGUUUUCGAAGGAAUUCCCGACUCUUUCGUCGCUCCUCCAGUCCUUUGA